AUGGACGGCUUUGCCUUCGGCCAUAAGUGUCGCUGUGUUCGCACCACCUCGUCCUUCAUCCACCCUCGUCAGUACAAAAAGAUCGAGAUCCUCCCUGUCGGAGCAAACUGCCGCAGAACUGAGAUCCUCAUCCUUAAAAAGAACAACAACACCGUGUGUGUGAAUCCUGAUGCCAAAUGGGUCAAGAAGGUUAUUAACCGAUUCGUAAACAGGAGCGAGAACACCCAGGGAACGGCGAGGACAGUGACGCUCUCAGGCUGGCCAUGA